UUUCUUAUCUAGUAAAUAGCCUUGAAAGUUGAACAGUUUCGUUUGAUUCCAUAAUUCACAUCAGUGUGGUUGUAUGUCUGAAAUUUGAAAUAGGUCCGUUACAUUUUGUCUGAUACUACUAUAGUAUAAUUUCCUUGCAUCCAAUUAUUUGAAACACCAUUUCUCCUCCUGCAUUCUUGAUUUUAUAACAAAGAUGUGCAGAACCAUGUUGUACAAUAUGGUUGUUCUUUUUGUCAUCCUCCUCAACAGCUAUGUCGCUCGGGCUUCUGAUCCGGAUCCGGUUCAGGACUUCUGCAUAGCCACCACAGAAUCUGCAAACCAUGCCAAGCAAUGCAAGAACUCAUCCCUUGUAACAGUAGAAGAUUUUGUAUAUGCUGGCAUUAAGGUUCCUGGAAAAUUUGGUCCAACAGGGCUCUCUGGAGUUUCAGUGAACUCAAAUGUCUUCCCAGGAUUAAACACACUUGGCAUGUCACUUGUCCGAGCUGAUUUUGAAGUUGGUGGUGUAAAUGUGCCACAUUUGCAUCCAAGGGCCACUGAGAUUGCAUUUGUGCUUGAAGGAACGAUUUAUUCGGGUUUCGUUGAUACAAAUAACAAGGUUUUUGCUAAAGUGAUUGAGAAGGGUGAGGUGAUGGUGUUUCCAAGGGGUCUCGUGCACUUCCAAAUGAAUGUUGGUGAUACUCCAGCAACUAUAUUGGGGAGUUUUGACAGCCAAAAUCCUGGAUCGCAGAGAAUUCCAGCUGCAAUUUUCGGAUCUGGGAUUAAAGAAAAGCUCUUGGAGAAGGCUUUUGGAUUGAGUUCUAAGGAAAUUUCCAAGUUGAAAAAGAAGCUUAGUCCCCAUUGAUUCAGCUAGAAGGGUGCUUUCUUUUUACUUUGUUUUAUUAAUUUGUAUGUUUUCAUAUUUUAUGAGCAAAUUAGAUUGCUGAAAUAUAUGAGUCUAAAUUACAGGCCAAAUUUCUUAGCCAUUGAACUACAACUUGUAUCCUAAUCAGUAGGAAAUUUUUUGCUGGUGAGGAGAUGGUGGGCAGAGUGAAAUGCAAA